UGAACUUACCUGUGAAGAUAUAAAUAGAAAGUUAGUAUUAUGAUAACGGACAAUGUUUUGGUGAGUGUUAACAGUAAACAAUACGACCAAAAAAUAAACUCCGUAGAUUUAGCCAUGACAUCCAUCCAUGAAAAUUUAAACGAAUGUGAUUCGACCACAGACACUUCACCACAGCCGGAUCAAAUUGCUUUAGUUGGGAACUCUCCGCAGUCGGACAGUUUAUUAUCCUUGUCGCCAGAUCAGAACUUAAAUUCGGUCCCCUUAGUGGAUAAACAGUCAGUGGCGUCAGCAACAGACAGUGGUAUUGACGAAUCAGAGGAUUCCGAACAACCACGCACGCCUCCAAAAAAACAUAAAAAUCAACCUCCAGACGCUGAUCUACUUCCGCCAUGUAGGGUUUGUGGCGAGAAGGCUUCCGGUCUUCAUUAUGGUGCUAAUACAUGUGAACCAUGCAAGGGUUUCUUUCGUCGUAGUAUAGUAAAAGUGGAAAAGAAAAAUGAAAAAUACGCAUGCGUUAAAGGAGAUGAAAACUGCAAACUUGGGACUGGAAAACGGACAAUGUGUUCAUACUGUAGAUAUAAAAAAUGUCUUGAAGUAGGAAUGUCACACGGAGCUAUCAAAAUUGGAAGGUAUACAUAUGAAAAGAGAACCAAAGAUAUUACAGAGGUGAAUCAACUAAAACAGAAAGACAAUCAAACUCGAGACACACCAGGGGAUGGAAACGUACAGGAUGUUGACGUAAAUGAACAGGAAGUUGACGAAUUAGUAAAUAAAUUGAUUUCAAUUCAAGAGGAAUACACUGCUGAUUUUAGGAAAAGCUUUCAAAGUGGCGGUCUGCUCGAAUCCCAGUUAUCGGUCUUUGAAAGAUAUAAACAACGAAUUGAAAUAUUUGGUAACCUUGGUGCACUACCAUGGAGUGUGUAUGAGGAAAUUUUCUCUACGACAGGGAUAGAAAUUGAUGACCGAAAAAACAUGAUGAACAGGAUUGCAGACCGAAUGGAAGUUGCUAUUCGGAACAUGAUAACUUUUGCAAGACAUAUACCUGGUUUCUGCGAUCUUAAAACACAGGAUCAGCUUUCACUACUGAAAGUUGGCUAUUUAGAGUAUGGGUUUUUGGGAUUUCAUACCAGAAUUAACCCGGAACUUAAGGUCAUAGCUUGUUCGUCCACGUGUCCAGGAGCUCACCAAUCAGAAAUGACUAAAAUUAUCGAUCAGAAAUAUGUUGAUAUGAUGUUUGAAUUUGCUGUCAGUAUUCAAAAGUGUCAGUUGACAGUGGAGGAAGUUACACUUGCGCGAGCCAUUGUCCUCACAUUUAGUGAUCGAUGUGUUCUUGAGGAACCAGAGAAAGUAGAUAAAAUCCAAUGGCAUUUAGUCAAUUGUUUACGAUGUGUUGCCAAGAAGAAUUUUAAAAAUCCAGACGAAAGAUUAUGGAAAAUUUUUGACAAAUUCAUAUUGCUUCGGGAUUUUGCAGAAUAUGGUAGAGAGGUCGACAGCAUUAGAUGUAAAUGGGAGGCGAUGAAAAAACACCCUCUUGUCUUGGAAAUGAUUAAUCCAGACCCAAAUUCAUAAUGAACACUGAAAAUUUUUAUAGAAGAAUUAACAGCGCAUUGCUGCCAUCAAUCAUAAUUCAUAACAGAUUAUGUAUCCACACUUUACUUACUAAAAUCUGACAACGCUCUGCUCGACUUUUUGGUGUGAAGAUCUUUUCGGUAUCCUCGGGACUUUUCCUUUUGAUACCUAUCUUCAUAAAACUUAGAGGCAGAAAUUUCAUUGGUUGUCGUAAUAAUCAUCCGAAAUUUGAUUGGUUGUUGUGAUGAUCAUUAUUAGCAUUGUCAGAUCCAUGUAAGUGAAGCGUUCAGUUGAUACAUGAUUUAAAUCAGCUUCCUCUUCGGACGAUCUGUCAGUUUCCGAGGGUACCAUCAUAGUAAAAUUCAUUGUUUUAAUAUCUGCAUAAAUCAAAUGAUAAACAUUGACUGCACAUGUUAGAUUUUUUUAAAUAAUGCAAAUUUUAAGAAUUUUAUUAAUGCUAAUGUUGCAAAAUCUCAGGGAAGUAUGGGGUUCCGUUAAGGAAACACUUGUUGAAUCUUUAUUAAUAGGUAAGGAGGUCAUGGAUAUACAGUUUGUAUAUUAACACUGUGGAAUAUCGUUUUAAAAUUACUAAAAUCAAAUUGAAACUAUAAACUGUUGUAAUAUAUAUUUUGUUACGAAUACAACUUUUUAAGAAUUGUC